CUAAAAUAUUUUAUUAUAAAACAAAUGAAAAAAAAGAGGUGUGUUCGUGUUCGUGUAGCGACGUAGUUUGUUUCCGCGUGCUCGAAGAGGACGAGACAUAUAACUUCUACAUAGAGAGAGAAAGAGACAGCAAACCCCAAGCAGUUGAAACAGAGAAGGACGAGUAAAACAGAACAAGGAAGGAAGACAGAGAUUCUGGUUCUCUAACGUUUGAGAGAGAACACACCAAAACAAUGUCGUUCCGUAGCAUAGUACGCGAUGUGAGAGACAGUAUAGGCAACCUGUCUCGUCGUAGCUUCGACUUCAAGCUAAGCAGCCUUCACAAAGAAGGAGGUGGUAAGUCUCGCGGUUCGGUUCAAGACUGUCACGAGGAACAACAACAACAACAGCCUUUAGCACUGGUGGUUCAAGAAACCCCUUGGGCGAAUCUGCCUCCCGAGCUGUUGAGGGAUGUGAUCAAAAGGCUGGAGGAGAGCGAGAGCGCGUGGCCUGCGAGGAAGCACGUGGUGGCUUGUGCUUCUGUUUGCAGGUCGUGGAGAGAUAUGUGCAAAGAGAUUGUUCAAAGGCCUGAGGUUUCUGGGAAGAUCACGUUUCCUGUUUCGCUUAAACAGCCUGGACCAAGAGAUGCAACAAUGCAAUGCUUUAUCAAGAGGGAUAAGUCUAACUUGACUUACCAUUUGUACCUUUGUCUCAGUCCUGCUUUGUUGGUUGAGAAUGGAAAGUUUCUUCUUUCGGCAAAACGCAUAAGAAGAACCACUUACACAGAGUACGUCAUCUCCAUGCACGCAGACACCAUUUCAAGAUCAAGCAACACCUACAUUGGCAAGAUCAGGUCUAAUUUUCUAGGGACAAAGUUCAUAAUAUACGACACACAACCUCCUUACAACAACAACAACAAAGCCUCUCAAGCGGUUCAACCUUUAGGACUUAGCCGGAGGUUUUACUCAAAGAGAGUCUCUCCCAAAGUCCCUACCGGUAGCUACAAGAUCGCUCAAGUGUCUUACGAGCUAAACGUUCUUGGCACACGUGGUCCGAGGAGAAUGCACUGCGCUAUGGACUCUAUCCCCGCUUCUUCUCUCGCGGAAGGUGGAACCGUGCUUGGACAGCCUGAGAUCAUUGCCCCCCGGUCUCUUCUCGACGAGUCUUUCCGCACCAUUACAUCCUCCUCCUCGAGGAAGUUUAUUAGCGAUUACUCGGCCGAGUUUAACAGCGCUAGGUUUUCAGACAUUCUUGGUCCGUUGGGAGAGGAGGUGGAGGAAGAAGGGAAAGAGCGUGUUUCUUCGCCGCCUCUUGUGCUUAAGAACAAGCCGCCGAGGUGGCAUGAGCAGCUACAGUGCUGGUGUUUGAACUUCAGGGGACGUGUGACGGUCGCGUCGGUCAAGAACUUUCAGCUUAUAGCAGCAAACCAGCCUCAGACUCAGAGUGAUGGUCCGGACAAGAUCAUGUUGCAGUUUGGGAAAGUGGGGAAAGACAUGUUCACGAUGGACUUCAGGUAUCCGCUGUCUGCGUUUCAGGCUUUUGCUAUAUGUUUGAGCAGUUUCGAUACGAAACUCGCAUGCGAAUGAUUAGAGAAGAAAGAGAGCUUUUGUAUGUAAUAUAUAUAUAUAUCACAUGUGGUUUGUAUGAUUCAGGGAGAUUCUCAUCAUGUGGUGUUUUUAUUUUCACCUGAGAAUCUUUAGUGUUAAAUUUGUUUCAAGAAUCUUUAUUUGAUUAUAUAUUAUGGGUC